UUUAGCAUCCACAAUCUCAAAUGACGAAAUCCAUGAAGAUGUAUUUCACGAAAACGAUGAGUCCGGAGCACAAACGGUCUCGCCGUUUUCUACCCGUAGUUCCCUGCAGAAUUCAAUACGACGUGUUAUGGUGGCGAUGCCUGAUGUGGAAGAGCCUUCAGCGCCCGUGGAACUGCCUGACCUGCCCGCAGGAUGGGAUGAAAGACAGGUGAACUAAGGGAUUUUGAACUGUCUUUACCAUUGUAGGUAGUGCUAACUAAUAGGGAGUUUAAGAUGCCGACAACGAGCAAUGGGUAUACGGAGUACGGUUGAAAGCUUGUUUUCGUAUUGCUUUAACAGAGGCAGACAAAAUUUACAUAUCCCCAGAGCAUACUUUUCACCGUAGCGACCUUGGCUACAGCGCAAAAAUCACAAUCUUGUGUUGUAAAACAGAAUCAAGAACAUAGCACCGAAACUGACUACGCACGACUUGUUUUGUUUUCUUCUUCAAAUUUUUUUUAUAUAAUUUAAUAUUGUAAAUAUGUAGCGAUGGGCUUUGAUAAGCCCUAGAUAAGCUUUGACGCUUUUGGAGCAAUUGCAUUUAAUUUAUUUAAUAAAAUAUUGUUUAUAUAAAAAAAUACCUACCAACGAAAUCUUGAACUAUUAGUUCAAAAUGCUAAUCUUAAUCGUAUAUAGUCGAGUCAUUUCAGUAUCUGAUCGAGUCAACAGCAUCACUCGAGUCGAGUCGAUGGCUAUACGAAUUGUAUGAUGAACAAAAAGGCCUUAAAAAAUUCCCUACAAGUGGAAACAUGCCUAUCUGCAUCGAGAAUUGCUUUAUAUUUCUUCAAGCCCUUCCCAACCUAUUCAACUACAAUAUUUUUGAUGAAUUUAUCCUGAAUUUGGAACCCCCUUGGAUGCAAUUUGUGGAAGUUUAGUUACCCCAGAGGAUAUCUUACUAACCCCUUUAGGAUAUCACUUUUUCCCUCUUGGAUAUCACUAAAACGCCUAAUUUUUGCCAAACUAUGCGAGCACGCGAGCACCGCUCGCAGGAUAUGUUAAACAGCUGCAGGAAAUUCGUUUGAAUGAGGAUUUGUUAUUGAAAAUUUGAAGGAAACCUUAACACCCAUGUCCCACUAUUGGCGCAACAACAUAUGGUUGACAGACAUUAUUCCUUGAAUUUAAAACCAUGGUCAGCUAGAACACUAUAUGUUUAUGCACAUGCAGAUUUAGCACAAAAAUACUCCGUUGGUCUGCAGGAAAUCUUUGUCUCCAGGUUGUGCUCCCAGGAAGAAAAUUAUUUUUUCCUGCCCUUGUUUCAUGCUUGCUUUCUGUGCAUUUAGGAUGCGAAUGGUAGAACAUACUAUAUCAACCAUCGAACCAGAACAACAUCGUGGACAAGACCAGUCGAGGCAGAGUAAGUAGAAACUAGUUCACAUUCCAUUGUAUUGAACGAAGAUUCUCAAAAUCGUGAUAGUUCCCCAUAUACCUAUAACACUGGCAUCGCCUUAUACACACAUAAAAACGCACAAGUUGUAACAAACCUGCAGCAGACAUGUAGCAAUGCUGUUCCAACAACUUGUCAACAGGAUGUGUUCGCACUGCUUGUUCCCAGCUUGUUGACAAGUUGUCCCCAGCUUGUUGACAACUUGCUACAAGGUUGUUGAACUCAACAGACUUGUUACAAGUUGUUCCAACAACUUGUUAUCGUCCUGCAAUUCAACAAUUUGUCAACAAGUUGUGAGUGACAACCUUGUAGCAACUUGAUAAAAUAACAGCAUUGUUACAACUUGUUGACAAGCUUGCUACAAGCCUGUUGCGAACACAUCUUGUUGACAAGUUGUGAGAUUUUUAUGUGUAUACACGACUACAGGCGUAAAAAUCUCACAUCUUGUAGCAAGUCUGCCAACAAGCCGUCAACAAGUUCUGUUCGCACUGCUUGUCACAAGUUGUCAACAAGUUUGGAACAAGCUGAUAACAACUUGUAAUAAGCUUGUUGAUAUUAUCAGACUUGUUGCAAGGUUGCUCCAACAAGUCCAAUACAGUCCUGAUACAACAAUAUUGUUACAACUUUGCGUCGUCAACCUAUUAGAUUUGUUAGAACAACCUUGUAACAAGUCUGAUAAUGCCAUCAAGCUUGUUACAAGUUGUUAACAACUUGUUCCAAACAUGUUCCAACAACUGGGAACAAGCAGUGCGAACACAAUUUGUCGACAGCUUGUGGACAGAUUUGUAACAACUUGCUUGCAGACCUGUAACAACUUGUGCGUUUUUACGUAUGUACAGAUAGGCCUACGUUUCAAGCAUUGAUAAAAUAUUUUUCUUCCUGGCAGCAGGCUUCCCAGACCAAAAAUUUCCUGUCAAUUUUUUUUAUAAAUUUAAAUUUUGAUUGUAAUUCAAUAACAGCAUCGUAUAUACCACCUUAAUAAGUCAUAUACUACCUCAAUAUUAAGAAAAAUAUAGCGGUAGCACUGCCACAUGAUACAAAUUUUUAUGUUAUGAUUGUUGUAUUUAUGCUCUAAUUGUGAUGUUUGUUACUUUAAUGCUGAUUUUUGAAAUUUCUCGAGCUUCAUUCUUGAUAUCUUGCUUUUCCUUAAAAAUUUCCUGUGAGAUUAAAAAAAUUUCCUGGCAGCAUGCUGCCAUGCUGGCGGACGUUCUCAUGCCUUGCUACGUUCUCCAAAUGAUAUCUGGCUAUGAAACGUUUAACUCUUAUUUUCCAGGGAAAACGAUGUUUCAUCGCCGAUGGCCAUUCCGUCCGCCCCGUACAUUGAUCGUCCUCGCCUUGAAAGAAAUCAGUAUUCCCUGCGACGUCAUUUGAGUGUUGAAAAUGAUACAGAGGACGCUAGACACGGGGAUAAUGUGAGUUAGAAAAUAUCCUCAACUAUCCAAGAUGGCGAACAGCUCAAUUUUUUCAGUCGAAAUAUUUUGAAAACUAAGCAAGAUAUAAACAAUCUCAGGGUGUUAGCCAGAAAAAAGUUUUGUCCGUUAAACGUAAAUUGGAAAAGUUUUUUUGACCGAUCAAAGUCCUUGUGUUGGAAUAAAUAGUGGGUUUUUUUCCAACGUGUUUCUCCUUAGAUGCAAACAACGGUAGCUUGGUUUUGUACAUUUCAUUUCCGGUGAAUGAACACUGAAAAAUGCACCCGAUGGCACUUCGUUUUGUAUAUUUCAUUUCCGGUGAAUGAACACGGAUGCACACCGAUUACACUUUGUUUUGUACAUUUCAUUUCAUUGAAUACACACCCAAUAUGAAUGAAACGCGAUACAUUUUGAGAAAAUAGUUAAUGGGAAAAAGUAAAUAAAACGUUCUUUGAUAUAAUAAUAUAGAAUCAAACGCAAUGCACUUUCUCAUCAGAAAAAAAUAUAAUCCUCCAGUAGACCCAGUUGGGAAAGCCCCUUAGCUACUUCAAUGGACCAUUCCCCAAUUAACCAAAAUUUUGAUCUCAACAAGUCUAUAAGACAACAUUCCAUCAUGGCAUGAAAGAGCAUCACAAAGUUAGUAAUAUUCCAAAGUUUCGUUUCGAAAUGUUGUAAAAUGCGGAUAAUAUAGCCUUGCGAAAUUUGCAAUUUUAAGUCAUUUUAGAUUACAAACGGGAAAUGGUUACCACUUUUCCGAAAUUUUGAUCUUAACUAGCCUAAACAAAAAUUUCAUCACAGCUUGAAAGAGCAUCACAAAAUUAGUAAUAUUCCAAAGUUUCGUUGCAAAAUGUUGUAAAAUGCGGAUAAUAUAGCCUUGCGAAGUUUGUAAUUUUCAGUCAUUUUGUAUUACGCACAAAAGUGGUAACCAUUUCCCGUUUGUAAUCUAAAAUGACUGAAAAUUGCAAACUUCGCAAGGCUAUAUUAUCCGCAUUUUACAACAUUUUGCAACGAAACUUUGGAAUAUUACUAAUUUUUUGAUGCUCUUUCAAGCUGUGAUGAAAUUUUUGUCUAGACUUGUUGAGUUCAAAAUUUUGGUUAAUUGGGGGAAUGGUCCAUUGGGAAGAGUCCGUCAAACGGACAGUAUAUUGGCCUAGCUAACACCCUGAAUCUGUAAUAGAGUUUAAUAUAUAGUUUUAAGAGUUCUUUAAAAUGAACUGAACUAAUUUUUUAUUGCCAAUGUCCUUUAAAUAUGGUGAAUUUUUACGCGGUGAAACUGAAAUUAAAGUAAAUAUUUUUCUCCAGGUACCCGAGAUUGAACCUCUUCCGCCUGGCUGGGCGAUGCAGUAUACUGGAAAUGGAAGAGCAUUUUUUAUUGAUCAUAAUUCUCAAACAACAACUUGGGUAAGAACAUGCUAACAUAGGGCCUGUUUAUAUGGAAGCCGGGCUGGCCCGCUAAGCGAGACAGACCGGUAAGCGAGUUCUCUCUGUGUAGUUAUUUUUAUAGUAAAAAUUUUUGUGCGUUUCUAUGGAUAAGCGGGCUGGCCCGAUUGCCGAAAUCUCGCUUGAAAGAGGCGAGAUCUCGCUUACCGGGAUGGAAAUUUCUCCAUAUAAACACUCGCAAGCGGGCUAAAAAUAUACGGCCGCAAACUAUUUUUAACCACUGUCAAAACAAUAAAAUUGUCCCGGCAAGCGGGAUGAAAUUUCAUCAUAUAAACACAUGAGAAAUUCAUCUCGCUAAGCGGUCCAGCCUGGCUUCCAUAUAAACAAGCCGUUAGUCAUUAUAGAACGAAAAUAUUUUUAUCUACCGGAUGUCCCAAAAAAAACCUGGACACUAUUUGAUUUCAUGUAACGUAAGAGCUAUCGCAAUGAAAUAAAGAUCAUUGCAUUCAGAAAGGACUAACUUAGAUUUUGAUAUAUAACACUUGAGUUUACAAUAACAAUGUGUUCAAUAGCAAUUUGUUCAUCAUUAAUAUUUAGACAGAUCCACGACAUUCAACAGAACUCCCUACAGGUCGUUCGCCUGAGAUGCCACCAGCUCCUGUUGUGGAAAUACAAGACCUUGGACCUUUACCUGUGAGUAUCAGAGAGAAUAUUCCUUUGAACUAAACUAACUUUGUUUUUAUUGGAUAGCUCUGUCAGUUUUAAACUGUUCUCCUUAAUUGGAGGUUCAGUAAGGAUCAUCUCUUAUUGAUCCAGUGUUACUGCAGGAGGAAACCUAAACUAAACUAACUUUAUUUAUACUGGACAGCUUUAUCAGUUCUAAACUGUUCUCCCUAGAGGUCCUGUAAGGAUCAUCUCUUAUUGACCAGUGUUACUACAGGAGGAAACCUAAACUAAACUAACUUUAUUUAUACUGGAUACAUAGCUCUAUCAGUUCUAAACUCUUCUCCUUAGAGGUCCAGUAAGGACCAUGCAUCUCUUGUUGAUCCAGUGUUACUACAGAAGAAAACCUAAACUAAACUAACUUUAUUUAUACUGGAUAGUUCUAUCAGUUCUAAACUGUUCUUCGUAGAGAUUCAGUAAGGAUCAUCUCUUAUUGAUCCAGUGUUAUUACAGAAGGAAACCUAAACUAAACUAACUUUAUUUAUACUGGAUAGCUCUAUCAGUUCUAAACUGUUCUUCCUAGAGGUCCAGUAAGGAUUAUCUCGUAUUGCUCCAGUGUUACUACAGAGGAAACCUAAACUAAACUAACUUUAUUUAUACUGGAUAGCUCUAUCAGUUCUAAACUGUUCUUCCUAGAGGCCCAGAAAGGAUCAUCUCUUAUUGCUCCAGUGUUACUACAGGAGGAAACCUGAACUAAUCCAAUUUUAUUUAUACUGGAUAGCUCUAUCUUAUGAAUUAAUGCAGUGUUGCUACAGGAGGAAGCAAAGUACCUAGAGAAAACCUAAAGUCAAACUUAGAGAACUCUUCUCACAAGCGACUGAGAUGAAAUUUCAAUAAGCCAGCUGCAUACUACGCGACUCAAACCACCGUUGCAUUGCUGGAGACGCAUGCGCUUACCAUUGUUAAUUUUUGUAGGAUGGCUGGGAGGAACGUGUCGAUACUGAUGGCAAGAAAUUCUACAUUGACCACAGUAAGUGCUUUUGAAGGCCAUUUUUCAUUGAUUGUUGAAGGGUUCAAGAAUUAGUCGUGUUGAUUGAGAAGCCCCAAAUCCUGAUAUUAACGCAUACACCUUAUGUUGGUAGUACCCUAAUGGACCAAUCCCCAAUUAACCAAAAUUUUGAACUCAACAAGUCUAGACAAAAAUUUCAUCACAGCUUGAAAGAGCAUCACAAAAUUAGCAAUAUUCCAAAGUUUCGUUGCAAAAUGUUGUAAAAUGCGGAUAAUAUAGCCUUGCGAAGUUUGCAAUUUUCAGUCAUUUUAGAUUACAAACGGGAAAUGGUUACCAUUUCUGUGCGUAAUACAAAAUGACUGAAAAUUACAAACUUCGCAAGGCUAUAUUAUGCUACGAAACUUCGGAAUAUUACUAAUUUUGUGAUGCUCUUUCAAGCUGUGAUGAAAUUUUUGUUUAGGCUAGUUAAGAUCAAAAUUUUGGAAAAGUGGUAAACAUUUCUCGUUUGUAAUCUAAAAUGACUGAAAAUUGCAAAUUUUGCAAGGCUAUAUUAUUCGCAUUUUACAACAUUUCGCAACGAAACUUUGGAAUAUUACUAAUUUUGUGAUGCUCUUUCAUGCUAUGAUGGAAUUUUGUAGAGCUGCUCCCAUCGGUUAAUUUUCGUAAUCAAUUAAUCGUUGUCAACAAUCGAUUAAUAUCGAUUAACCGCAUUGAUAAUUAAUUUAAAUAUGACAAGCCCAUGGUGGUUUGACUGGUUCGUAAAUUGUAAUUAAACUUUACUAAAUUUGCGAGACUCAGACUCUUAUGGAUAACUGGUUUAUGUCCGCACGUCGCAAUGUUGGACGCAAAUGGUAAUAAAUUCUUCUAGUAAAAAACUUUAAAGAUAUUUUCGCAGCAGUCGUAAUUAACUCAUUUGCGCAUCACGCUGCGUGGUGUUAUAGAUGAUUCGAUUACUGUUAAGCAUAAUCGAUUGUGGAAAAAUAAUCGAUUGAUCGAUUAAUCGGGAGCAGCUCUAGAAUUUUGUCUAGACUUGUUGAGAUCAAAAUUUUGGUUAAUUGGGGAAUGGUCCAUUUAUACAUGAACUUGUGGUUAGAGCUCGACAACUGGCCUCUGUAGCUCAUUUGGUUCAUAGCCUAUCGAAGGGAAGAUGGCUGGGAAACUCAUUAGAAUAACAAUGUAACUCAUUAUCUAUGUUGGUCAACGUUUAUUCAUAAAUCUGGUCCUUCGCCGUCACGUGUGUAUUGUAUUUUGCCCAACUAACCAAUAGCAAUGUUUUAAGAAAGUUACCUAUCCGUGACUAGCCAGGAUUAGCAAUCUACCUGCCCAAAAAUUUUGAAGUCAGAUCUUCAAUCUUCAUCUUCUAAAAAUAUGAUUCUUAGCAGUCCAAAGAACACUUUGAAAACUGCGCUCAAAACUCAAGAACAAACAGUAUGUUUGACCACACCAACAAAAUCGCUGACGUUUUUGUUAAAAUCACUAAGUAUUUCUCGCUAAUACAUGUAGGGAUUUGUAACUUGUUUGCUUGUGGAUGUAUUUGCGAUGAUGUGCAGUAACUAGAAAAAGUCACCAGCUAAGCAUAAGUAUUUAUAGUCGAUAUUAUUAGGAAAUAACAUUGCUAGUAAACCGGGUUUGUUUUAGCGACAAAGCAUGUCAAAGUGAAGGCAUGCCUCUUGGGAAAUGUUGCCAAUAGACAACUUGCAUGUAAGACUAAAUUUUUAUCUGAGUAAAGAGAAAGGAAUAAAACACCACAGGUGAAAAGAACAUAAUGAAAUUAGUAAAAUUUCAAAAUUUAAUUGGCUGCGAAAUAUUGUAAAGCUUGGAAAAUAUAGUCUUGCAAAAUUUCCAGAUUUUAUAUAUGUUUGUAUUACGUGCGGAAAUUGUUACCUAUAUUUUCCGUAUUUUACAACAUUUCGUAACCAAAUUCUGCAAUUUUACUAAUUUUAAUAAGUUCUUUUCGGGAAUUUACUUUUUUGCCUAGAUCAAAAAUUAGUCUGACAUGCAAGUUGUCUAUUUUGAUUUUCAACUGCCUGUACGUGGAAAUCAAGCAGUCAAAAAUACAUAAAAAAACAAUAAUGAAUCUAGCUUCUUUGGUUACAGAGCUUUAUUUGAAGGGGUAAAUGGUCUAAUGUGCUUUUACCGAUCGCUUUAUUUACUUCAAAACAUGCGAAAGAGAAGUUUUCGAAGCCAGCUUUUUUGUCAAAUGUGCUUCACUCUUGUGUCAACUCGAUAGCAUUUUUCGCGAAUUAUCGAAUUUUCCCCCUCUUCUGAAAAUAUAACUUUUAAACCAGCUUCGUGUAAAAUUCACAUUUUUCGCCCGCCAUUUGUCGAAAAAUGAAAGAAUAACCGCUUUUCCCAGCAUUCCCGCGAUAACUGAAAUUGUUUAUUUGUAUAUCUAGAUACACAUUCGACCCAAUGGGAAGAUCCCAGAGAUGAGAGCGAAACACAACCUACAAAGGUAUACUAUGUCGACAUUAUGCGCAAUUCAUACUGUUAACAUCCCCCCGGCCAAUCAAAUUUAUACUGUUAACAUCCCCCGGGCAUUUGACCUUUUGAACUGCUGUUAGGGUAGGGCAUUUGACACUGAGUCACAAGACAUGGGGCAUUUGACCAUUUAAUACACCAGAUUGCGCGAGGUCUAAGACUAUUAAAAAGCUUCAAAAUGGAGUAUACUUUAAAUACUUUUAGGAAACUUUAUAAAGCAUGAGGUGUAUUUUUUUAAUACAAUGUUUUCACACAAUUCCAAACUUGAACUGAUAGAAUUACAGUCAGAAUGAUCCGGGGGUUGGGGCAUUUGACCAUCAAUUUUCCGUUAUAUGUUUAAAAAGUUCAAAUCCCAGUAUAAAAAGUUCAAAUGCCCGUUAUAUGUUUAAAAAGUUCAAAUGGAUGUUAACAGUAUAAACUGAUUGACGCAUUAUCCCACGACAUGCAUGCAAAUGAAAGUCUUUCUAAUUUGCGAAUAUAUUUGUUUAGGCUGUACCGUACUCGCGAAGUUAUAAAAAGAAAUACGACCUAUUCCGAUCGCAACUUAAGAGACCGGUAAGUUGA